AUGUUACGCUACGUCGCCGCGACGCUCGGUCUCCUCGCCGCGGGAACGAUAGCUCAAUCGGCGACUGUGUCGAGCGCGCCUUCGUCGACGAGCGAUGCGCCGCAGACACAUACAGUUCUUGUUGGAUGGGCGGGAUUCAAAUUUACGCCCAACGAGACCCACGCGAAACCCGGCGAUACAGUGGAAUUCAAGUUCUACCCUCCAGAUCACUCCGUGAUUCGAGCGGAUUAUGAACACGGCUGUAUUCCCUAUGAAUAUGUUGGUGCGAAUCGCGUCGGAUUUUACAGCCAGCCUCAGAUUAUGAGCGGCAUAUCAGAAGAUAAUCCAGUAUUUCACGUCAAAGUCAACGAUACCGAUCCCAUCUUCUUCUACUGCGGCGCCGUCGGUUCCUGUAUGAGCCAACACAUGAUAGGCGUCAUCAAUCCUAACGAAAACCAAACCCUCGCCGGCCACCUCAAAUACGUCGAAGCCGCCGAAUUCGAACUCAUCCCCGGCCAGGACUGGCCCAGCGAAGGCGACAAACCCACCAUCUCCGGCUCCUCCCCAACCCCCACCUCCACAUCCUCCCCCGACACCUCCCCCAACGACACCAACCAGCAACAGUCGCACGGGCUCUCCUCCGGCGCCAUAGCAGGCAUAGCCAUAGGCGGCGCAGCCGUCCUCCUCGGCGCCGCCGGCCUCAUCUACUACUGCGGUCGCAACGGCGGCAUGGAACGCGCCUACCGGAAGAGCAUGUCUGUGCAGAAUAACGGAUACACCGGCGCGUCGACGGUGCCGCCUUCUAGUCCGUUCUCGCCUGGUAUGGAACACAAGGCUCUUACGCCCAUGAGCUUGGCUACGAGCAACGAGAGGUGGUCGCAGGUGCAGAUGGGGAGCCCGCCGCAGGGACACGGGAGUCCGCCGCUGGCGCACGGCCAGAUGGGAAGUCCCGGGUAUGGGGGAUUCGUGGUGCCGAAUGUUACGGGGACGACGCAGGUUAGUUAUGAGGCGCCGUCGCGGGAGGCGCCGGUGGAGUUGCCGGCUACGACGGGGGAGGAGAAUAGGACGAAUCGGUUUUCGUGGCAGCAGGGGAAUGAGGGGGGGUUUCAGGCGAGGCAUUAG